CCAAAGACAGAGCCGUCUACUUGUGAAACUGAAAAUUAAGUGGAUGUCCUUUUUUUUCUAAAAGGUACGUUUCUUUCACUCCGCUAGCCCCCUGGUACUUUCCCAAAAUCUCUUGUGGCAACCCUGAAAUAUAUCGCGUUUUUUUAUCGGCAGCCUUGCGUUGCUAUUCUUUGCUCUUCUCAGUUCUCACAAAACUGCACAAAACUGAGAAAGUUCUGCUAGGUACAUAUUAUAUUUGGUGCCGACUCAUCGUCACAUAAUUUUUUCAAAAACUCAUUUAUUAGUGUUGUAUUUGGCUAUAUUUAUUUAUUUUUUUUUUUUAAAUGGUGACUACAGAUUUAGACCAUUCUUAAUAAUAUUUUUUCAAAUAUCAAUUAAAAAUGAUUAUUACACUCCGAAACUUGCAACAACAAUCAUUCACCGUAGAAAUUGAACCAUCCAAAACGAUCAAAGAACUCAAAGAAAAAAUUGAAGUACAAGAUGGAUUUGUAGCACAACAUCAGAAGCUUAUUUAUGCUGGUAAAAUUUUAGACGAUGAUGAUUUAAUAUCAAAAUACAAUAUUGAUGAAAAAAAAUUUGUCGUGCUUAUGGUUAGUAAACCAAAAACAGUCGGUGCAUCCUCAACAUCGACCGAACAGCAUGCUAGCGAGAUGAAGGUUCAACAAACUUCAAGUCCAGCAGCAGCAAUAACCGUUCCAGCAGUGACCGCAAAUCCAACAUCAGCUGUUUCUCAACCUGUUGCAACUCAAGGUACACCAUCGUCAACUGCAGAAAAUAGAGGGCAACCAGAGAGUGCGUUGCUAAUGGGAGAAGAGUAUAAUACAAUGGUCAGCAAUAUUAUGGACAUGGGGUAUGCAAGAGAACAAGUUGAGCAAGCAUUGCGUGCAAGUUUUAUGAAUCCUGAUCGUGCUGUUGAGUAUCUUGUAACUGGUAUACCAGAUCAAGUAUUCAAUGAUCCACCAGAAGAUUCACCAGAAAUCCAAGAACGUUCACAAGAAUCUGGUGUUGAGUCUUUGGCAUUUUUACGAUCACAGCCGCAAUUUCAGCAAAUGCGUCAAGUUAUUCAGCAAAAUCCACAGUUAUUAAAUCCAGUACUUCAACAAAUCGGACAAACGAAUCCAGCACUAUUACAGCUCAUAUCACAGAAUCAAGAGGCAUUUGUCCGCAUGUUAAAUGAACCUGCUGGAAGAACGGGAGGUACUGGCGUAACUGCAUCAUCAACUCCACCAUCAAGCCAAGCAUCAACAGGGCAACGUGCAGGAUCUGGAACUGGUGUAUCACCAGCAACAACAAUCCAAGUAUCGCCUCAAGAUCGCGAAGCGAUUGAAAGGCUCAAGGCUCUUGGUUUUGCCGAACAUCUUGUUUUGCAAGCGUAUUUUGCAUGUGAAAAAAAUGAAAAUCUUGCAGCUAAUUUUCUACUGUCACAAACUCUUGACGAUUGAUUUGUUAAACAAUACAAAUUCGAAAUCACUUAAACUCGUGGCUGUCGGAAAAAUAGCAUUUAAUGUUUAAUAUUAAAUAUGAGUGGCCUCCAACGAAAAUACUAAGGAUUAAAAAAAUAAAAAAAAAAGAAAUGAAUGAAAGAUAACGAAAAAAUAAAAAUCAAUUCUGUACUUUUUUCCUUAAUUUGUAUUUUCUUUCGACUCAAUUUAUCGGUAGUUUAGCCUUUUAUUAUUUUUUUCAAACUAAUGAGUAAUUGAUUUUUGGUCAUGUGUUGAAUAUUGAAAUAUAUUACAAAAAUUUUUCACACUUAGAUAAGUGAUUACAAACGAGUUAAAAAAAAAAUUAAAUUAUCAAGCUGGAAAUUUUUUUUUUUUUCGAUAAUAUUGUUAUAGCCAUACCAUUAUUUGAAACUGGAAUUUAAUUAUUUUGCACUAGAAAACUAGUUUAUUCUUCAUUGUUUACGUUAUGUAAUAGAUUAACGGUCUUAAUACUAUAUCCAUUGUACAUUGUCUAAAUCAAUAGAACUGUUGCAGUUAAUAUUAUUUGAAUAAUGUUAGUUAAAAAUUGUAUAACAAAGCAAUGUGAAGAAACCAUCAGGCUUUAUAGAAUAAAAAUGUAAGAGAACUA